GUGAAAAUGUGGACUAGCAAUAAUCGCCGUACAGGCCUUGUGUGGUUGACUUGUGUUUUGGUAACAUAUUUAUGCAAUUGCCAAGCAAUAUACACAUUCACGAGCUCCGAAACGACAUCAAAUCUGCCCGACACAACUACGGUCACAACUUCGUCAACCAGUACCGAGCCACAGACCACAAGCCAGCCAUCCAUUUCUACAGGUGAGUAA